AUGUCCGAGCCACUCCUACCGAUCCAGAAACCGAAGAUGAAGCUCGCCGUGCUUACGUCCGGCGGGGACAGCGCCGGCAUGAACGCCGUCGUCCGUGCCGUCGUGAAGACGGCCAUCGCCAAGGGCUGUGAAGCCUGGGUCGUCCGCGAGGGAUACGAAGGGCUUGUCCGUGGCAAUGCGCACGACACGCAGGAAGUACAGGACGCGCGAGCGAGCGAGGACGCUACUUUUGUGAACAAUCUGCGCUUUGGCGACGGAGAAUUGCUGAAGGAUGGGACAGGAGACUACAUUAGUGGGCGGACGCUCCGAGGGCGAUACAUUGUCCGCGUCGGAUGGGACGAUGUGAGAGGCUGGUUUGGGGAGGGAGGUACUUUAAUCGGUACUGCUCGGUCGACUACAUUCCGCACUAAAGAAGGUCGUCAGACGGCAGCAUACAACAUGAUCAAGGAAGGGAUCGAUGCUCUUGUAGUCUGCGGUGGAGAUGGCUCUUUAACAGGUGCAGAUGUGUUCAGGUCUGAAUGGCCCCAGCAUGUUGCUGCUCUUAAAGCCGACGGACAAAUUACUGAGGAGCAAGCAAUCGCGCACCAGCAUCUCCGAAUCGUCGGUCUUGUUGGCUCCAUUGAUAACGACAUGUCAAUGACAGACAUGACAAUUGGGGCACCAACUGCUCUCCACCGCAUUUGCGAGUCCAUCGACAACAUAAAUUCGACCGCAUAUUCGCAUUCUCGCGCGUUUGUGCUGGAAGUCAUGGGUAGGCACUGUGGAUGGCUUGCAUUGAUGGCUGGUGUCAGCUGUGGAGCGGACUUCAUUUUCAUUCCGGAGAAUCCCCCGGCAGAAGAGAAGUGGGAAGACCAUAUGUGCAAGAUGAUUCAGAGUAACCGGGAGAUCGGGCAGCGGAAAACGAUUGUGAUCGUUGCAGAGGGCGCCAUUGACAGAAAUCUCAACCCGAUACGAGCAGACUACAUAAAGGAUGUUCUGACGGAUCGACUGGGCCUCGAUACGCGAGUCACGACUCUGGGACACACCCAACGUGGUGGGGCACCGUGUGCUUACGAUCGUAUUAUGCCAACACUGCAAGGAAUCGAGGCAGUAGAAGCGCUCUUACAAGCCACCCCGGAUACACCAUCUUUCAUGAUUGGCGUCAGCGAGAACAAGAUAAUUCGCGUUCCCCUCAUGGAGGCUGUCGCAAUGACUCGUUCAGUGGGUGUUGCAAUUUCCGAGAAGAAUUUCGACAAGGCAAUGUCGCUCCGCGACCCAGAAUUCGCGGAGAUGUUGGAUGGCUUCCACGCUACAUCUAUUCUCGAAAAGGAGCCAAAAUUGCCUCAGCAUCAGAGAAUGCGCGUGGGAAUCAUGCAUGUCGGCGCCCCCGCAGGGGGUAUGAACGCUGCGACUCGCACUGCGGUCCGGUAUUGUCUCCGUCAGGGACACGUACCAUAUGCCAUCCACAAUGGUUUUCUUGGACUGCUUGAUGACAAUGUACAUCAACUGUCCUGGCUUGGAGUCGACACUUGGAUGACCCGCGGAGGAUCGGAGCUGGGCACGAAUCGCAAGCUGCCCGAUAUUGACCUCGGUGCGGUUGCGGCGAAGUUCCAGCAGUACAACUUCCAGGCGCUCCUGAUGAUUGGUGGGUUCGAGACAUUCAAUGCACUACUGAUCUUGGAUAACGCGAGGAAGCAUUAUCCCGCGUUCCACAUACCGAUGGUACACCUCCCGGCGACAAUAUCGAACAAUGUCCCAAUGACGGAGUUCAGCUUGGGGAGCGACACGAGUCUGAAUGCACUCGUGUCUGCGUGCGAUGCGAUUAAGCAGAGUGCGUCGGCGAGUCGGAACCGAGUCUUUGUGGUAGAGACGCAGGGUGGAAAAUGUGGAUAUAUCGCUACGAUGGGUGCACUGGCGACUGGUGCCGUGAUUCUGUACACGCCGGAGCGGGGUAUUGACCUGGACAUGCUGCGCCGUGAUGUCAAAUUCUUGAAACGGAGAUACACCCUCGACCAGGCUGGUAAAGCGGAGGGAAGACUAGUUCUGAGGAACGAGUGCGCAUCGGACGUCUAUAGUACAGACUUUAUCAGGAGGAUGCUAAAGGAAGAGGGUGGAUCGCUGUUUGACUCACGUUCUGCGAGUCUGGGACACACGCUGCAGGGAGGCAUUCCGUCGCCAAUGGACCGGACCCGGGCAGUGCGCCUAGCGCUCAAUUCGAUGGCAUAUAUGGAGAGGCACCACAUUGAGCUACUGCAGCAGCAGUCAAAGGUAAAACAGGCGCCACCGGAGUCUGCUGCGGUGGUGACGAUCCAGGGAACGAAGGUGAAGUGGGUGCCGGUGCAGGAGAUGGUGGCGCAUGCGGACAUGAAGAACCGGAGGGGAACGGAGGCUUGGUGGGACGAGUACACGACGUUGGUGGAGGAGCUGGUGGGUCGCCAGCAGCUGCUUGAGAGGGUACCUUUGCCUGUGUAG